AUGCUCCGUCGCCUUGCCUGCUUGGUCACCACAAUGGCCGCGUUGUCAAUGAACGCAACAAACGCCAGAACCUUCUCGACACUCGGGGGAGACGAGGGCACCACCACAAUGGCACAAGUGACACCUGGAUGCGGCGUCGUCCAGCACGACCAGAGCACUUCGACUCCUACCCAAGUGAACUCGGACCAGGUCGAGACCCAGCAGCAGAGUUUGUCCGGUUCAGCGUCGACGCCGCAGAACUCGACUCACAUCCAGUACAGCAUCCGCAACGGCGACGUAUCCAGCGUCGGGGUGAAUCUCGGAGGAUGGCUGGUGGCCGAACACUGGAUGACCAACACCGCUGACUUCUGGCAAGGAGUAGGAGACGACGACGCCGGCAAGGGCGAGUACACUGCCAUCACCAAGGCAGUUAACCCGGACACAGUCCGUUCCAACUUGCAGAACCACCACAACACUUUCAUCACCGAGAGCGACAUUGCCGACAUCGCUGCGGCUGGUCUUAACACUGUCCGCGUCCCCGUGGGCUACUGGAUCGUAGGCUUCGACAACGACGAUCCAAGUGGUCAAGCUGCGUGGACGCAGUACGCGAACGGCACGUUGAAGUACUUGGAUGCCCUCAUCACAGACUGGGCCAAGAAGCACAACGUCGCCGUGCUCAUUAGCAUGCACGCCGCCAAAGGAUCGCAGAACGGAGCGGAUCACUCGUCCCCUAGCGACCCGGGCAAGUCGCACUGGAGUGCGUACGACGAGAACGUAGCUAACACGAUAGCGACGGCCACGUUCCUGGCUGACCGCUACAAGGAUGAGGACGCGUUCCUGGGCAUCGGUCUGCUGAACGAACCCAACGCAUCGACGGACGAGGACAAGCUGUACGCGUACUACGAGCAGACGUACGCAGCCAUCCGCGAGACGGGCAACGACUGCGUGCUGAGCGUGGCGCCGCUAUUGUACAAGCAAUCGCCCGACGUCAUGACGGACUUUAUGCAGGCGCCAACUUACUCGAACGUGUGGGUCGAGUGGCACCCAUACUUCGUCUGGGGCUACGAGGACACGAGCGACUACGACCUAAUCAACACGGCCGUCAAGGUCAACUACCAGAACAGCGUGAGCCAGUGGAACGCACGUGAGAACCACAAUCGCCUCUUCAUCGGCGAGUGGAGCUUCGCCACGGCUGGCAAAUUCUCCGAUAACCAAGAGGGAUACUACGAGUUCUGCCAGGCGAUGAUGGAUGUCAUGUACCAGGCCGGCGCGGGCUUUACCUUCUGGAGCUGGCGGAUCUACGGCGACGAGUCGGGCUUCAACGCGUGGUCACUGCGUAGUGUCCUCCGUGAUGAACGGCUUAACGCCAUCUUCUUCCCCAGCGCGACGCGGAGCUAA